AUGAUUGUGUUUGUUCUUAAGAGGGUGGUGGAGAACAAGGAUGGUAGCAGGUGGAUGGUGGUGGUAAACGGCGAUGAUGAAAGGCGGAUGGUGGUAGUGAACGAAAAUGGUAGUAGGAGAUCGUGGUGCGACCAGCACCGUCGCAACCCUCCUCUCCGAUCAAAACCAUCGAUCGCUGCCUUCCUCUCCGAUACGGCGUCCUCCGAAUUUGCCACCAUCACGGUCGAUUGCAGCAGCGAGCGAACAACAAGGUCACAGCGACAACUUCAACUAGCGACCAAUCUGCCACCGGCGCUGACCUCCUUCAUACCCGAAGCAACCGACACCACCAAUUUCUGCGCAGUGAAUCUGCACUUGAUGGAUCCUAAAUACACUGGAGAGAUGUUAAAACACUUGGAGAAACAGGAUGAACUCCUCAUGGAUGCUUAUAGAUCAAUGUCACAUGAAUUACAUAAACUUCAGGUUGAGGAAGAAAUGUUAAUGCGUGCAUUUUAUGAUCUCAUGGCGUCUAAAGGUCUGGCUACAAAGAGACAAGAUGGUACUAGUGUUUUGGAGGAUAUUGAGCCACCACAGUCAAAUGCAUUGGUCAAUGUGGAUAGUAACGAAAAACACUAAAUAAGUCAAACAUUGUUUGAGGUUUAAAUUUUUGGUAAAUAUUUGUGUUUGAUUAGCAUGUGUGUAACGAGUUUUGUUACAAAUGAGGUUGUUGUCUGUGGGAUGCGAGCCUACUAUUAGUACACCAACACACAGUAAAUGGAAUUUAACAAAUUAUAAUCAUGUUCUUACACUAAAUUUAGUAUAAUUAAUAUGUAUGUUGUCAAAUUACACUAAAUUUGUUGAAUGUUGAUGCAUUGCUUUUUAUACCAAAAUUUGAAGGGU